CACCUGUACGACUCGGACGUGAACACCGCUGCGCCGUGAGGUGCGGUGCACUUUUGCCUGUGCCUCAGCCGUGUCGGAUAAUUUGACGAAUUGGCUCGACAGCUUGAAUCGAAUGGCCCUGAACGCCACAUGCACACGGCGGCGAACGGCUGGCUCGCUGACAUCAAAUGCCUCUGCCACAACUCUGUAAUCUGCACAGGUGGCUUGCUUCUCCAACGCGAUGGAGCUCCAGAGAGGAGAUGUGAAACUCCACUGAGGUUUUUCAGAUUAAGUUUUUUGGUACCGCCUGUGAACUUUUAUUUUGAAGCUCAGCGACCAAUCUGCCCCAGAACCUGUUUUCUUUACAGAGGCUAACUUGACGUAGAAACUAUCAUAGCAAGAUGGUGCCUAGUCGGAGCAUCCGCAUCAGCAGAGUCCCGCUCUCUUCUUUAAGUGUCUCCGACAUACGAACUGAAUGAACCGCCCGAGCCUCGGUGUGUGUGUGGACGAACCGUCUGAAUGGACUCGGCGCCGUUCGCCUUCUGUCUGAACGAUCACAUCUCCCGCUUCCCACAGAGCUACUGAGGUUAGCUUAGCAUGUUAGCCGGAGGGAGACCGGCGGGGACGGAGCUCGGCGACACAGCGCAGGUCAGAGCGAGUGUUUGACGGAGUCCGCGGAGAAAAAGUUGCCGUCGUCGAGUGUCAAUGUCUCAGGUCCAGAUGCUGAGAGCGGCGGUGAAGCGGCGGACGACCGGCGAACGGCCAUAUUCUGGACUUCACGUGUGUCCUGCAGACGUCCAGCAGCUGUUGGUGAGGAAAGAGGUUUCCUCUGAGCAGCGGGAGUGGAGCCCCAGUCUGGACCAGGAGGACCCACCGGAGCCCCCACACAUUAAAGAGGAACAGGAGGAACUCUGGACCGGUCAGGAGGGAGAGCAGCUUCAGGGGCUGGAGGAGGCCGAUAUCACCAAGUUCCCGUUCCUUCCAGUCCCCGUGAAGAGCGAAGACGAUGAUGAAGAGAAACCUCAUUCCUCACAGCUUCAUCAGACUCAGAAGGAGAAGAACAGAGAGGCAGAACCUCCAUCCAGCAGCUCCGCUGAACACAUGGAGACUGAAGCUGAUGGAGAGGACUGUGGAGGACCAGAACCAGCCAGGAACUCAGAUCCAGACAGACAUUUACAACCAGAUGCUGAUGACAAGGCUUUAGACUCUUCUGAGACUGAUGUUAGCGAUGAUGAUUGGACCAAGACCAGGGAAACUCAGUCAGGCCUAAACUCUGUGAAAAACAAAGCACGUAAUACUGAUAAAGGCUCAUUUACCUGCUCAGAAUGUGGUAAAACCUUCGGCCACAAGACAAAUCUGAAAAGACACGUGAAAUGUCACACGGGAGAAAAACCAUUCAGCUGCUCAUUCUGUAAUAAAAGUUUCAAUCGGAGAGAACACUUGAUUGCUCACAUUCGAUGUCAUUCAGGAGAAAAACCUUUCAGCUGUACAGUUUGUAGCACAAGUUUCAGUCACAGUUGGUCAUUGGAUAAACACAUGAGAGUCCACACUGGGGAGAAACCAUUUUGUUGCUCACUUUGCAGUAAAAGGUUCAGGCAGCGCUCAGAUCUGGUCGCACAUUUUAGAAUUCACACGGGAGAAAAACCUUUUUCCUGCUCAGUCUGUAACACUAGUUUCACCCAGCGUCACACUUUGGUUCAACACAUGAGAACCCAUACUGGAGUGAAACCUUUCGUUUGCUCAGUUUGUGGUAAGAGAUUUUCACGAAAGGGACAUAUGACAAGACACAUGACAGCUCACACUGGAGAGAAACCAUUCAACUGCACUGUUUGUGACAAAAGAUUCACCUGGCAGUCCCAGUUUAAAAGACACGAGUGUGCUGGUCAGAGCAGCGGCACUAAGGGCUCUUUGGAGGUGGAGGUCCUUUCCCCUCCAGAAACAGACACUAGUGUGGCGGAGGACCACGGUGGUCCCGAGCCGGAUCAGUUCGAGCCAUUGGCUCCAGACCCGAAACAGCGUCCGGUAGUUUCGGUUGCCUCCGGUUCUCCCGCUUUGAACGAGAAGGUUCCUCCUCGUACUCCGCUACGGUUCUUUCGAACAGCCCGAACAUCUCCUCGGCGGCCGCGGUCAGUCGCCGCUUCACCGCCGCUCUCAGCAUAUAUACCCUCCAACAACAAAAAAUGGAUUAUUAGUUUAGAAGAGGUUUCCGCUGAGCAGCAGGAGUGGAGCCCCAGUCUGGACCAGGAGGACCCACCGGAGCCCCCACACAUUAAAGAGGAACCGGAGGAGCUCUGGACCGGUCAGGAGGGAGAGCAGCUUCAGGGGCUGGAGGAGGCCGAUAACACCAAGUUCCCGUUCCUUCCUGUCCCAGUGAAGAGCGAAGACGAUGAUGAAGAGAAACCUCAGUCCUCACAGCUUCAUCAAAACCAGAUGGAGGAGAACAGAGAGGCAGAGCCUCCUGCCAGCAGCUCCACUGAACAGAUGGAGAGUGAAGCUGAUGGAGAGGACUGUGGAGGACCAGAACCAGCCAGGAACUCAGAUCCAGAGGGACAUUUACAACCAGAUGGUGACAAGACUUCAGACUCUUCUGAACCCGAUACUGAUGACAGUGAAGACUGGAAGGAGACCAGGGAACGUCAGUCAGGGUUAAACGCUGGGCAAAUAAAUCCAUGUCGGAAAGAAGAUUCUGUCAGUAGUGUGGUCUGGUAUAGUAGCAGCAAACCCUUUAGUACUUCAAGUGUGGUAAAGAGUUCGGGCAUAAGAGGUCUGUGCAGAGACACAUGAUGUCUCAUGAGGAUGAAAAGCCUCUAAGCUGUUCUGUUUGUGAAAAACAUUUCAGAUGCAGUUCAGAGCUGGUGAAACACACCAGGAUCCAUACUGGAGAGAAACCAUUCAGUUGCUCAGUUUG